AUGACAUCGACACUUCUCGGGACGACCUUAGUGCCGCUAUGUACGUGCUCUCCAGGCUCUUCUGGACGCGACCUUCAGCUCCACAAUGAAGGCAUUGACAUUCUACAAGGACCAAAACUUUUGACGCGAAAAGUAGCGCUCGUUGGCAUUUUAUACGUCCCAGACGCUCAAGACGGUGGAUCAAGCGCAGAUUCCGAUCGCGGCCUGUUUCUAAGCCCCAAUGUCGCUCUUUCUGUGGCUAAACAAAAUACGAGCUUGUUGCUGUUAGUAUUACGUGGUGUUUCGCUAAUCGAUGAGCCGUUCUGGGGUUCGCUGCUGUUCGUGCUGAGCUCACACGUGGUCGUGGCCAAGGCUGGACCCAUUACCACCGCUAGUUUUCAGACGGCGCUGCCAUUUCUAGCGGACUUUGCACGAGUUCAAGUGACUGAAAUGACAAACGAUGAAGAAAAGAAUGCGACGCUGCUGAAGGAGCUGGCGCCUCACGUCACAUGGGGCGCGGUGGAUCUCAAACUCAAGGAUAUGAAUGGCUGCGACUCGCCGUCUGCUUACUUCGAACAACAAAUGGCUGCUGGAUCAACCGAUGCUCAGCUAUUGCUAAGUGAUUUUGUGUCUGUGAGAGACUGUAUCGUGCUAAAAUCCAAUUCUUUUCAGGGACCGGAAGACGUGCAUACGUCGCCCAAGCUAUUGACUCAUGUAGCUGACAGAUUGGCGUGCAAAUCCUUCUUUGGGCGCUAUAUGAACGGACCACUGCUGGUGCGACUUUGCAAACUGUUGGCACCUGCCAUGGCAGCUCCAGAUGGAAUUUCAGUGGUAUUGCAGCGUGUGGUGACGGAUGUGUUUGCUGCACAUUGGCAGGAACUGGUGCAGCGAGCUUUCAAAGCGUACUGCAAUGUACUGCAUGCGAGGUUAGCGGUGUAUGAACGAGCGCCAAUUACGGCAGAGUACCUUGUGGAUGUUACAGAACGGAAGCUGAAGGCGAAUCAGUUGAACAAUCAGCAUGUCGCGGCCGUGGACGCUGGACAGGGAAAUCAAUCGGUAUUUGAUGAAUUUGGGAAUUUGAAAAAGCAGUUGGAUUCUGAAAACAAUGGCGACGAAGGAGGCCGUUUCACGCCCUUGGAUACCGGGCUCUUCAGCUUUUUGAAAAACAGAGCCAGUCGUGCAUUUAGCAAGCAACUCUCACGAAUGCCUACAAAUCGUGUGAGCACAUCGAUUCGAGGUGGGGGCCAAACAACAUCUCUAGGUGACAGUGUGAGACUUGGCGGUAUUCGGAAAGACGUAGAGGCAGCAGAGGCCGAGCUCCUGGACGAAGCAAUUCCAGCACAAACACCUGACCAAAUGCUAGCACGAUGCACGGCAAGUAUCGUGCAUUACUCGGUAUCAAGGGAGUACCUCAACACUCCUAGCGAGGCGAUGCCUGUUAAUACUGUCGUGCUGGAUACAGUACAUGCCGAAGGAUUGGAUGAAGUGAAGGCGCUACUGAAGCCAUUCCUUGUGGAUCUGCGUGGUCCAUCACCGCCCACCCCUGAACUUGCGUGCUCACUUGACUUCCACGUAGGAAAGAAAAACUUGUUGGCGAAAAUGGCUCGCGUACGAAGGCGUUUUGAUCGCGCGAACGAAGUUUCAUCGGCUAUCUUUUGUGGCGAAUUGCUACGUUAUCUACACUCGGUGGUGCUCCGUAAAAAUAAGACUGACACGGAAGAUCAACAGCAGCAGCAACUACGAGGCCGUGCAGUUUCUUCAAUUAUGCUUCUCGAUAAAAAGAGUGGAAAUGAUCUUGUUGCUCUGACGCGAGUGCCUUUGGAGUUAUUAACAUACAAGAACAACUUGGAGGCAAUGGUGUCUCAAUAUAACUUUGUCGCACGUGGUCCUCAAGCUGCAACAGUGCUCGCGGGAUUUCUUUAUGGACCCGUUCGCAAGCAGAUUCAAUACUUGACACAGCAUGAGUACGGCCGCUUUUCGGCAGCUUGCAAGGAGAAGGAUCAACGUAUCAAGGAAUUAGAGGAGGUACUAGGGAACAAGGAACGUCAGGUCCAUCACAUUACAAACGCGAACGCAGAAUGGGGCCGUCAAGAACAGGAAGCUAUUGCCGAAAUCGAACAUACCCACUCUGAGCAGUUGAGCUCGCUCCAAAGUGCAAUUCGUAGCACAGAAGCACAGAUCAAAAGUGCACUAGCUGAUCAACAAGCUCUAUAUCAGAGCACGAUGCAGGCUACGAGGCACACAAUCGACACAGUGGAUAAGGUAGCUGAUAAGAGUCGUGUGGUGUCGGGCUACCUCGAGCGCUAUGAGAAGGGCCGCGUUUUCUCAUCGCGCUGGCGUCAAUACUUUUAUGUUCUGAAGCAAGACACGCUCGAAUGUUACAAAUCGAAGAGCGAGUACGAGGAACGCGGGCCUACUUUUGAGCAGUCUAUUAGUAUUAGCGGCUACAGUGUUGUGCGCAGCCAAACCGACGAACUCAAGAUCAAACUGGUUCCACCCGAAGCAGGCCAUCGAAUGCUCCGCUUCCGCGCUCCUGCCAGCGUGGGCCGUGAAACAUGGAUGAAACGAUUUACAGAGGCGACACAGAUCGCAAGCAGAUAA